AUGCCGAUCGGGGGUCUCCGCUAUGUCUCCGACACGAUUCUGAGGGGCAAUAGCGGGGGGCCAAAGUCAGAAUUGGACUCGUCGCUGUCAAAAGGCUUCUGCAGCGACUCCUGCGAAAGGUACGAGAUGUUCUUAAACUGACCCGGUCGGCGUCUCCGAAGAUUAUCAUUGGGGGAUUCGCAUCGACGCCGAAACAAAACGGUGCCAUCGGAUCAAAGACAAACACACCUCUGAGCAGAUGAUACCGUUUGUAUCAGGCUUCUGGCCAACGCAAGCCUCCACUGUCGAAGCCUCCAUUCUCACUCAGGGAGCAGAGGAAGAAGCGACGAAGGAUGCGGAUCCCCAACCCAGGCGCAUUAGAACCGGAUGCAAAAGUUGUCGUCGAAGACGGGUCAAAUGUGGAGGAGGGCCAGGAGACUGUUUGAAUUGUCGAAAGCGAAAGCUAGAGUGUGAAUACGAUGUUGUCACCGUGUCCAAACGUGCGACAUCGUGCGCUGCUUGUCGGAUUUCCAAGGCCAAAUGUUCACGGGACCUUCCUGCAUGUUCGAGAUGCACCAAAAAGCUCGUGACUUGCACUUACGAUAAUGUCAAGCCGCUCGGCGACGAAGAAGUGGUCUACUCGGCUACUUCUACCAGAAGUCCAUUAUCAGUUCCUGUCGCGUCUGAAAGCUGGUUAUCCCAGUCGGUCAUCGAGCAACACAUCGAAGCGUUCUUCACCUUCUGUUACCCGAAUCAGGUCAAUGCGUUUUUGCGCCGACCGCAGGUGAUUCGCGGGGCGAAAGACGGUUCCAUCCAGCCCUUACUCGCAAAGGCGAUCUGCAUGAUAUCUGCCCGGUUCCUCGUCCCGCAGACGUCCCAUCCGGAGGGAGGCGAUCACGUCGCCAACUGGUCGACGGAGAUCAGGAUGCAUAUCCUGAAUUCAUUCAAUCAAUUUUCAACCACAACGUUGGCUAUCGUAUUACUCCUCAUUCAGCAUGAGUAUAACAGCGGUAUAUACGGCAGCAGCUGGGUCAUGGUGGCCCUAGCAUCUCGCAUAGCUUUUGGAUUGAAUCUUCGAGUCGAAAGCGGCUCAUCUUGGGCGGAAGCGGAGUACAGACGUCGUCUCAUGUGGGCCGUAUUCUAUUGGGACUCGUACGCGGGGGCCGGGUUGGCCGAAUAUAUCACUUGUCCACUGGAGAAAAUCAGCUUGCCUUUACCCAGCAACGAUAGGAAUUUCGGGCUGUCGAUUCCAGUGUACUCACAAUCCUUUGACCUCGAUACGCAUCGUCCACAGACCGGUUGUGAUGGCAUCCUCUCUCGCCUCGUAUGGAUCAUGUCUAUAAGGGCCCGAAUCAUCUCUUUCGUCAAAAACCCGCUCACAAGCCUUCGACCUUGGGAGGAAGGUUCGAGCUACCAAGCUGCUAUCGAGGCUCUGGCACACUGGCUAGCUACUCUACCACCUGAAUUAGCCCUGACUGCCGACAAUAUCCACGCGAGGGAUACAACGAAUCAACUCGGGGGGUUUAUAGCUCUUCAUCUUUGGCACGCACAGCUACACUGCGAUUUGUAUCGGUUGGCAAUGCCAGAUCUAGCAGAGUCUGCUCCGCCUUCUUACUUUGAUGAUGCGCCCCCAUCAUGGAAGACCGAUGCACGAGCUCUCUGCUUUGUGUACGCUCAGCAAAUAGGUCAAAUACUAUCCCUCGUGCGCGAUGCAAUCCCAACCUUUGUCCCGCAUGACAUGUUUUUCCCCAUCUUUGUUUACGAAUCUUGCCGGAAUCAGAUCCAGUAUCUCAAAUCGAUCGGCGAGACAAUACAGACUGAUAAUGGGACUCGCAUCUUCGAAGAGAUGAUGUCAAUGGUUCGAGCCAUGAUAGCAGUCUUCCCGACUGCGCGUAACCUUCUAUUCGAAAUCCAUGGCUUAUUCUUUCAGAGUGGUGUGGUCUUAAAUUUCGCGUGGGAGGACUGCAGCCCAAUUACGACGAUUGGUCCUCACGCUCUACAGCAUGGUACGAUCCUCAGCCAGAUGCACCCUUUGCGUUGGCAUCAACCCGACUCAUAGGAAAUCCCUGGCCUGGGGCGUGGUCUGGCAUGUGGCCAGCAAGCCGAAUCGAUACUCUGGAAUGAUCUUGUGAUUGACUCAGAUUAGAGCUGAACAAGCCAGACAUCUAUGGUUUGCACAGAAUUGGCAGAGCUUGGAGGACGCGUGUUGGACUGCAUUCGUGGGCCGAGACAAAGAUAAGCUCUCAAGGCAUUGAGCAAUUCGCUCAUCCAAUGAUAAUUCACGCAUGCAUAUGACCGAGGGUGCUGUUA